CCCGGGCCGGGGGUGCGCGGGGCCCCUCCCGGCGGGGCGGGCCGUGCGCGGCCGCACGUCCGGAGCGGGGCGGGCUGAGCCCGGGCCGGCCCCGCGCGGCGCUGUCAGCCCGCGGAUCGGGGCGGCUCGGAUCGGGGCGGCUCGGAUCGGGGCGGCUCGGAUCGGCGCUGCGCGGCUCGGAUCGGAUCGGAUCGGCGCAGCUCGGAACGGCGCGGCGCGGCGCGGCUCGGCGCGGGGAUGGCGGUGCCGGAGCCGGACGCGCGGCUGGCGCAGGAGAAGGAGGAGGAGAGCGAGGAGGAGAGCGAGAUCCUGGAGGAGAGUCCCUGCGGGCGCUGGCAGAAGCGCCGGGAGCAGGUGAAUCAGGGGAACAUGCCGGGCAUCCAGAGCACCUUCCUUGCCAUGGACACGGAGGAGGGCGUGGAGGUGGUAUGGAAUGAGCUGCUCUUUACCGACAAGAAGGCCUUUAAAGCACACGAGGAGAAGAUCAAGACCAUGUUUGAGCAGCUGGUGCUUGUAGAUCACCCCAACAUUGUAAAGCUUCACAAAUACUGGCUGGAUGUGAAAGACUCGAAGGCACGGGUCAUCUUCAUCACAGAAUACGUGUCCUCAGGGAGCCUGAAACAGUUCCUGAAGAAAACAAAGAAAAACCACAAGGCCAUGAAUGCCAGGGCCUGGAAGCGCUGGUGCACUCAGAUCCUGUCUGCUCUCAGCUUCCUGCACUCCUGUGAGCCUCCCAUCAUCCAUGGCAACCUCACCAGUGAUACCAUCUUCAUCCAGCACAAUGGGCUCAUAAAGAUUGGUUCAGUCUGGCACAGGGUGUUUGCAAAUGCCCUCCCGGAUGACCUGCGAAGCCCCAUCAGGAUUGAGAGGGAAGAGCUACGCAACUUGCAUUUCUUUCCCCCGGAAUACGGCCAAAAGGCUGACGGGACUGCUGUGGACAUCUUCUCCUUUGGGAUGUGUGCACUGGAGAUGGCGGUGCUGGAGAUCCAGACUAACGGGGACACGCGGGUCUCAGAGGAGGCAAUCGUGCGGGCACGACAUUCUCUGGACGAUCCCAACAUGCGGGAGUUCAUUCUGUCGUGCUUGACCCUCAACCCAGACAAACGACCAACGGCCAACAACCUGCUUUUCCACCGGGUGCUCUUUGAGGUCCAUUCCCUCAAGCUGCUGGCAGCACACUGCUUCAUCAACAACCAGUAUCUGAUGCCAGAGAAUGUGGUGGAGGAGAAGAUAAAGGAACUGGACCUGAACAUGGUGAUGGCAGAGAUACGGAGAGAGGGUCGGCCUGGAGCACAGUGGAGGUACUCAGAGGUCUCCUUCCUUGAACUUGACAAAUUCUUAGAAGACGUCAGGAAUGGGAUUUAUCCCCUGAUGAACUUCGCUGUUUCCAGACCCCACGCCCUCCCACGUGCACUCUCCCAGCCCCAGGAGGACCCUCAGAAAGCCAAGACUCCCACCCCUGAGCCCUUUGAUGUGGAGACCAGGAAGGUGGUGCAAAUGCAAUGUAACAUGGAGCUCAACGAAGACAAGACCCAGUGGCAUCUUACUCUUCUGCUGAUCCUGGAGGACAAAUUGCAUCGACAGCUGAGCUACGACUUGCUGCCCACUGAUAACUCCAAGGACUUGGCCACAGAGCUGGUGCAUUAUGGAUUCAUCCACGAGGUAAAUAAGCCUCCUGCCACUCCUUCUCAUCUCAGUCGUGCAUGCGCCGUGCUACCGAGUGCCGUCCCCAAAUCUGUGUGACACCUUGUCCUGGUUUCAGCUGGGAUAGAGUUAAAUUUUCUUACUAGUAGCGGGUAUAGCGCUGUGGUUUGGAUUUAGGUUGAGAAGAAUGUUGGUAACACACUAAUAUUUUAGUUGUUGCCAAGCAGUCAGGACUUUUCAGCUUCUCAUGCUGCCCUGCCAAGGAGAAGGUGGCGGGCACCCAAGAAGCUGGGAGGGGACACAGCCAGGACAGCUGACCCAAACUGGCCAAAGGGAUAUUCCAUACCAUAUGACAUCAUGCUCAGUAUAUAACUGGGGGGAGUUGGCCAAGAGGCAGCAUAGCUCAGGAACUAGCUGAGCGUUGGUUCCAGGCGGUGAGCAAUUGUGCUGUGCAUCACUUGUUCCGUAUACUAUAUUCUUAUUCUUAUCAUCAUCAUCAUUAUCAUCAUCCUUUUAUGUCCUAUUAAACUGUCUUUAUCUCAACCCAUGAGUUUUACCUUUUUCUUUCCAAUUCUCUCCCCCAUCCCACUGGGGGGGAGUGAGCCAACGGCUGCGUGGUGGUUUUAGCUGCCUGCGGCUUAAAGCUCAACACACCUCAUGCCUCAGAGGAGUAAGAGCUCCUCCACUCCACAUCCAGCACCCAGAGAGCAGUCACAGAGGCCAACCUGCAGCGCUGUGCUGUACUUGCCCCCCCUGCAGUUAGUGACAACAAACCCUUUUUUUUUUUCGGUUGGUUGGGUUUUUUCCCUUCCAUACUUUGCUCAUGCCUAACUCCAGGCCAGUCAUUCAGAAUACUCCGCAGCGUAGCCUCCAGGAAAGGCAGCAUGGAGAGAAUUAAAAAUAUAUUUAUUUUCAUCUUGCACAAGUUAGGAAUUCUGGGACUGUAGGCAAAGUUUUGGAGAAUUCCUCAUUCUGGAUUGCUGACAUUAGACAAGGAAGGGGUCAGCUUCACUGAGUGAAAAAUGUAUGUGAGUACACCUGGAAAAAAGUACAUUUAGACUUUCUUCCUUUCUUCAUCUGAGCAUGCUGACUGUGCAGCUCAGCACUGACACACUGGGUGCUUUUUCUGGUGCUCUGGAAAAUACAUGGCAUUUGUGGCAACCGAGUGCUGUAGAAUAUACCUCACACGGGUCUGUGUUCCAUGGACUGUAAAUUACCUUUUCUCUUUCUUCCUCCUAGGAAAUAAUCUCCUUUUAACAUGUCUUCCCCUCUCUAAGAUUUUUCUACUCCACAGGUACCGACUGCCUUUUCUCUCAGCUGGUAUAACUGAUUCACACCUCAUUAAACUCUGAGCAAAUGUCCUGAGCCUGUAUUUAGCUGGGAAGUAUGCUGCUUGUUUCUGACCUGAAGGACUUGUGUACCCAAAUGCUCGUAUCGAUUUCCAGCUAUAGUGGUUGGUCUAAGAAAAGAUACCACCUUAUGCCUUACAAAUCUUGUCUUCAAAAUCCAAGGUCUUUUUCUUGAAAGUAGUAAUUUAGUAGCAUGAGUGACAAAGGGGUGCUUCUAAACAACAAGAAAACAACUGAUUCUGCAUUUCUCAUUUGAGUGACAAUUUUGAGUUUGUUUCUGGCAAUUCCGAAACCCCUCUACGAUAUAAGGGGGGGGGUAUUUUGCAUCCUUUAUAUAUCAUUGUGUAUUUCAGUAAUUUCUUUCUUAAGGCAUAAACAUUCUAAUUAUGUUAAAACCCACCUACUCCCAAAUGUGUCAGAAAAGAGAUUUCUGUACAAAAUAGUUGCCAAACCAACAAAAAGUGACAUUAAUUUUUAUUUUUGUUAGCAGUGAGGAUAUAAAACAGAUAGCCAUAGAAAAUAACUUUAGAUCCAAUGGUCAGUUAAUUAAGUUGAAAUUAAACUAAACAAAAGAAGCUGGACCUGUUACGUUCCUUCAGAUUGGAAGCUCCAAAGAACUGUCUGCUCUUUGUCUUUACAUAGCACCUAACACAAAAAGUUCUUGAUUGGUCAUUUGGCAUUAAUUCAGUAAAUAUGAUAAUUAUUAGUAGUAUGUUCCAGAUGUGCUUGCAAGUUGUUCUCUUCCCAUAUCAAAACUCAGAUGUGAAAUCGGUGGCUUGGGAUGGAAUCGUGUAAGGAAGAUGUCCAAGGUAGCCGAGCCAAAUUGAUCUGUGGGUGUGUUUUUUCUUUUAUUUUAGGACGACUGUGAAAAGCUGGCUAACUUCCUGGAAAAUGCCUUCCACAAAUACCGGUCUCCUCCCUUGUGAGUCACCUCGCUGCAGUCUGGGACAGAGUGGUCCCCCUGUAGUACAGGGGAUGGGAAGUGUACCAGACUAGAAGACACUGUGGGGCUCCUGACCGAACUUCCUCCAGCAGGACUGACCAGGCCACUCACUCCUGGCUGAAGCUUUGCAGUCCUGAGGGGUAUAUGCCUGAGCUGUGGUGUGAAAAGGCAACAGCAAGUGGAGGAGUAAUCAGCAAACAUGAGAAAUUACAUGUGCAUCACGAGAAGUCGGGACCAAGCAGGAGUACAUGUUCUGGUCCCCACUCCUGAAGCCAAAGGGAGGGGUAAAGGGGGGGGGGUAGCACCCCCUGCAGCCCCUUCCCAAUGGUGUUUGUGAAGAUGCAAAGCUGCUGCAAGAAUCCCCCAAACUGAUAAAUUUCCCUCUGGGAAUGAUAAGCUUUUUUCACUGCAGGUCCCAAAGCUAUUUUUUUUCCUCUUUGCCAGCUGGUAAUACUUGCAGAAGGGAGGAGAGGAGCAAGCUUGGAAAGCUCUGCCGCACUUUCCGAUCUGCCACAUUCCAUUCUUUAUACCCAGUUUCUCCUGUUUUGUUAAGGUUUCCCCAGCACAGAUGAACCACUGUGAUGCCUUUUAAUUAGAAUUGCGCAUCUUGGUGUAAGCUAAAGAGAGAACUAUGUGAGCUGGACUUGAUAUGCAAUGAGAAGAAAUUCCAGAAAUCCAAACCCACCAGCUGGAUCCAAACACGUGGAUCAGCAGAAACCUCACUGGUGCUGAACAGAACCCUUGCCAUUCCUGAAUUUGUCUUAUGGCCUUCCAAAAUCUCAAGGCAUCUUAAGAGGAAAACCCCUGAUGUCUCUUCCUUCCCUGUUUCUCCUGUGAUGUUUGGAACUUCAGUCAUUAGCCUGGAGAAAGGGGCAGUCAUCUUAGCUGCUGCGCACAUCAGGUUCAAUUGGUGGAAAGUGCACAUAGGAGUUAUUUGUGUCGCAAAACCAUGCAGUGCUACUCCAUGCUGUUCACGUUGUGCUGUGUGGAACCAGCUGUAUCAUGCUGUGCUGUGCUGGUGUUCUGCGCUGUGCCAGGUCCUCCCUGCGGUGCUGCCUGCGUUACGCUGCCUGUGCUUUGCGGUGUUGCACCAAUUGUAUCAUGCCGGGCUGGGUUUGCCAUGCUAGGAUGCUGUGCUGAGCUGCCAACUUGUGCUGUAUUUCCCAGUUGUGCUAUGCUGUGCCAACUUUACAAACUGACAAAUCAAUAAAGCCACUGAAAGUA